AGCCCGUAGGGCGUUAGUCCCCAACCAAAUUGCUAGGUUGUGCUCAAAGCUGGAAACUCUCAGCUCAGCGAUAUCGUCGCAAGCAUCGGCACCGAGUGUGACGCUUAAACUUGUACGGCGCGCUGCUAUAUUCUGCAUUGCUCCGCGUUGAGUCGGCAUUGAACAGGCAGAGGUUACCGAAGGCGCUCAGCUCCGCACGGACGGUAUACGGUGCAGCAAUCAUGAAGACUUGCGUUGUUGUUGCGGCUCUUGGCAUUCUGAUUAUUGCGUCAUGCGCGCACGGUCAGACAACAGACGAUCCGACCACACAAGACGGAUCCACGGAUGGGACGACUGAUUCUCAAGGAAUAACGGUACCGUUUGGCGACCCACCCAAACAGUCUACUGGACAAAUGGAUACUGACGACAUGAUUGAUUUCUUAAACAUUUUCUCAUCUUUCCUCGGCACUGAUUCGACAGAGACGGAAGAAAGUGAUUCAGCUGGAAUCGGAUUUGAUGUUGUGAAGCAACUGCAAACACUGCUCGCGUCGAAAUCAACGAUACGGCUCAAUACUGGAUCGCUGCGCGCAGAAGUUGAAGAGGAGAAUCAGGGCGAAAAUGAAGGUAGAGGAAACGCAGUCGGGCUUAAAGUUGAUAGAGAUAAUGAUGACGACGAUGAGCAAAACGACGAUGAUGACGACCAAGGAGCACAAGAUGAUAAUGAUGAUAACGACCAAGGGGCACAAGAUGAUGAUGAUACCGAGGCAGGAACACAAGAUGACGAUGAUGCCAACGCAGAAACACAAGAUGACGAUGACGACGACCAAGGAGCACAAGAUGACGAUGAUGCCGACGCAGGAACACAAGGUGACGAUGAUGCCAACGCAGGAACACAAGAUGACGAUGACGACGACCAAGGAGCACAAGAUGACGAUGAUGCCGACGCAGGAACACAAGGUGACAAUGACGACGAUCAAGGAGCACAAGAUGACGAUGAUGCCGACGCAGGAACACAAGGUGACGAUGACGACGAUCAAGGAGCACAAGAUGACGAUAAUGCCGAGGCGGGGGCGCAAGAUGAUGAUGGAGACCGUUCGCCGGGUAGGAGGCAAAAUGCACUAGUGCAGCGAAUCCGCGCAUUGUUUAGACGGAGCGACGGCCAGAGCGGGCGGGGUGUAGAGGGAGAAGGCAACGCUGCGGGAGCACAAGAUGACGAUGAUGCCGACGCAGGAACACAAGAUGAUGAUGGAGACCGUUCGCCGGGUAGGGGGCAAAAUGCACUGGUGCAGCGAAUCCGCGCAUUGAUUAGACAGAGCGACGGCCAGAGAGGGCGGGGUGUAGAGGGAGAAGGCAACGCUGCGGGAGCACAAGAUGACGAUGAUGCCGACGCAGGAACACAAGAUGAUGAUGGAGACCGUUCCCCGGGUAGGGGGCAAAAUGCACUGGUGCAGCGAAUCCGCGCAUUGAUUAGACAGAGCGACGGCCAGAGCGAGCGGGGUGUAGAGGGAGAAGGCAACGCUGCGGGAGCAAAUAGAUUCAUACAGGGAUUACGCGAAAGGGUGUUUUCUGCUCAGGACCGAAUAAUGCCGGAGCAGGACGCAGACACGCAGCUCAUUCCAACGCGACGUAGACCGACCGUAACUCGCCAAUUCGCUGGGCGAAGAAUAAACCGAAACCAAAUUCCAGCGGGCCAGCAACAAUUAUUAGCGCGAGUCAUAAAUGCAUUUUCCGGCCAGAUAGGCGAGGCAGCUGGCAUUGGGUUACCCUCGGUCGCCUCAGAGAACGCGGAUUUGAUGCUGAAUAGAUUCCUCACUCUACCGGUUUCUGAGCAGCAGCAACUCAUUGGCACGGCCUUUGAGCAAUUGCUGCCAUCACCUAACGACGACGACGACGACGACGACGACGACGACGAAGGAGACACCCAAGGCAUUCCAGGCCUUCAAGGGAUCCCAGGGCUUCCAGGGCUUCCAGGUCUUCCACGAGGGCUGUUAGGUAGCAUCCCGCCCGGAGUAAUGCAGCAGAUGAUUACCGCGCAGCUUUUAAAUGGCUUCUCACUUAACGAUUUCCUGGAAGGUAUUGAGGCUGCUCUCAUCGAGCGGAAGGUGGAAUACCGCGAGAUUUACAGAGAUCCACCCAUUCAUACUAUUUACAGAACCCACGCGGACGAUCCACUAGUCCUUCACGUUCUAGGUAAUACAGGCAACGACGACGAUGCUGAUUAUAAAAACGGUGGCGGAUAUGGAGCGGACGACACGGAUGAUGAUAAUGAACACGAAAAUACGAAUGGAAACGGUAACACGAAUGGAUACGGAAAUGGUAACGGAAAUGCUAAGGGAAAUGGAAACGGAUAUGGAAGAAGUAAUACAAUGGAUAAUGGAAACGGCAAAAGCAACGGAAAUGGCAAUGGAUAUGAAAGCGGCAGGAAUAAUGGUAACGGAUAUGGAAGCGGCAGGAAAAAUGGCAAUGGAUAUGUCAGUACCAACGGUAAUGGUAACGGAUAUGGAAGCGGUAGGAAAAAUGGCAAUGGAUAUGGCAGUACCAACGGUAAUGGUAACGGAUAUGGAAGCGGUAGGAAAAAUGGCAAUGGAUAUGGCAGUACCAACGGUAAUGAUAACGGAUAUAAAGGUAGGAAAAUGGCUGGAUAUGGCAGUACCAACGGUAAUGAUAACGGAUAUGGAAGCGGUAGGAAAAAUGGCAAUGGAUAUGGCAGUACCAACGGUAAUGAUAACGGAUAUGGAAGCGGUAGGAAAAAUGGCAAUGGAUACGGAAGUAGUAAUGGAAACAAUAAUGGUUAUGGUAGUGGUGGCACCAAGUCAAGUAGUGGCUACGGUGGUAGCAGCAUGUCAAGCAAUGGAUAUGGCGGUAAUAGUAAGACAACCAACGGAUAUGGCGGUAACAGCAAGUCAACUAGCGGUAAUGGCGGUACUAGUUAUACAAGUACGGGAGAAGGCGAUAACGGCGGUACUGGAUAUGGCGGCAACACUAUGAAAGUGAUCAGCAGCCAGAGGGACCAUGCCGUUUACGAUGGUAGCCGUGUUGCCCCAGGUCGAUACAAUCCGCGUGGUGCGCACACUUACAGUUUUAUUCCAUGAUAGCUCACGGAGAUUCGUAGCUCGCUCUCUCGACAAAAUCCUUCCAUAUUAGUUCGCCUAGGAUGACUCGAGUAUAAUCGCUUCAUGUCAAAUGUUUAUACCAUUGCCACUAAUAAGCACGUCGUAUUGCGCACGUCAGCUGUCAUUGUCCGUCAUUAAUUACUCUGUCACAUAGAGCGUCGCCCAACGUGUUUCGGCGGUAAUGGGUCGGCGACCCUUCGCGCGUUAACCUGUUGACACGGCCGAGUCUAGUUUGGCCUAUUUACACGUGUUUUACGAUCUAUUAAGAAUCAGCUGUAUGUCUAGCGUCAUCACCAUCCCUACGAUGUCACGUGUUUAUGUUGAUGACUGUACAAUUCGUGGUUGAUAUUUUAUCGUAUAGCGACGGCAAGUAUUCCGGCGAUUUUUUAAAUCACAUGCGGUGCGUGGUGUUCUAGAAUGCAUAACGGCGUAGGCGUUCGUCUUGGAGCGCUAUAAACUAAAUUUAAAUAUGUUCUAAACAUUUGUUACCACAUUCAUGUUGUGUAGUUGGUUCAACUCAUCUAAUCUCUGUUUUACAUUCACUAUAGAAUUAUUCGUAUAUGUAUAAGUUACAUAUAGUAAAAUACAAAUAAAUACUAAAAUUUAUUAAAUUA